GGAGAAUGAGAGUGAAGAAGCGGAGCUGAUCUCAGUUCGGAGCUGAAACUGGAAACUUCUGCAUGUUUUUCUGAAGCUUUUCCUCAACCGAGCAGACUUCCUGUCCCGCCUCCGCCAUGAGCGACAUCUUGGACUCGGCGCCCGGCUCUCUGGGUCUGUUCAGCAGCUCCUGCCUCACCAAGGUGGAGCUGCGCCUCACCUGUAAGGGCGUCUCGGACCGGGACGCCCUCUCCAGGCCCGACCCCUGCGUCGUCCUCAACAUGCAGUCCCACGGCCGGUGGAUGGAGGUGGACCGGACCGAGGUGAUCCGCAGCUGCGUCAACCCCGCCUACUCCAAGGUCUUCACCUUGGACUUUUAUUUUGAAGAGGUGCAGCGGCUGCGCUUCGAGCUGUUCGACAUCAACAGCCACAACGGGCCGAAGGAGCCCGACUUCCUGGGCUCAGUGGAGUGUACGCUGGGACAGAUCGUCUCCCAGAGGAACCUGUCCAAAGCUCUGCUCCGACCCGGAGGAACCGUGGGGAAAACCAUCAUCACGAUCACAGCAGAAGAGCUGACGGGGAACGAUGACUACAUCGAGCUCUCCUUCAGUGCCAGGAAGCUGGACGACAAGGACUUUUUCAGUAAAUCGGAUCCGUUCCUGGAGAUCUACAGAGUGAACGACGAUGCCACCAUGCAGCUCGUCUACAGGACUGAGACGGUCAUGAAUAAUCUGAAUCCGGUUUGGAAAACCUUCAAAGUGUCUCUGAACUCACUCUGCAGUGGAGACCAUGACAGGAAGCUGCAGUGCACCGUGUGGGACUGGGACUCCAACGGGAAACACGAUUACAUCGGAGAGUUCGAGGCGUCCUUCAAGGAGAUGAGAGGCGCCAUCGACGGCCGACAGGUCCAGUGGCCGUGCAUAAAUCCCAAAUACAGAACCAAGAAGAAGAACUACAAGAACUCUGGGAUCGUCAUCCUGAACCAGUGCAAGAUCAUCAAGAUGCAUUCCUUCCUGGAUUACAUCAUGGGCGGCUGUCAGAUACAGUUCACUGUGGCCAUCGACUUCACGGCGUCUAACGGUGACCCGCGGAACAGCUGCUCCCUGCACUACAUCCACCCCUUCCAGCCCAACGAGUACCUGAAGGCGCUGGUGGCCGUGGGUGAGAUCUGCCAGGACUACGACAGUGAUAAAAUGUUUCCAGCAUUUGGCUUUGGAGCCCGGAUCCCUCCAGACUUCAAGGUUUCCCACGACUUCGCUGUGAAUUUCAACAAGGACAACCCGGAAUGUGCCGGUAUCCAGGGUGUGGUGGAGGCGUACCAGGCCUGCCUACCCAAGCUGCAGCUCUACGGCCCCACCAACAUCGCCCCCAUCAUCCAGAAGGUCGCCAAGUCCGCCUCACAGGAGGUCCACACCAAAGAGGCCAUGCAAUACUUCAUUCUGCUGAUCCUGACUGACGGCGUCAUCACCGACAUGGCCGACACCAGGGAAGCCAUCGUCCAGGCCUCCCAUCUUCCGAUGUCCAUCAUCAUCGUCGGGAUAGGGAACGCUGACUUCAGUGACAUGCAGAUGCUGGAUGGGGAUGACGGGAUCUUGCGGUCGCCCAAAGGCGAACCCGUCCUCCGGGACAUCGUCCAGUUUGUCCCCUUUCGCAACUUCAAACAUGCCUCUCCGGCUGCUCUGGCUAAGAGCGUCUUAGCAGAAGUGCCCAACCAGGUGGUUGACUACUACAACAGCAAGGGCAUCAAGCCCAAAGUGCCCAGUGAAUACCAGUCUUCCAGGCCGUUCGGCCCCUGAACUUCAGCACCACGGCAGACCAACCUCACAAAAUGUUUACUGUCUUGUGUUUUUUGUCAAAGCGGAUGCUAAAGAUGAUGCACGCAGUAUUUACCCAUGAGGCAUUGGGGUCAUCUAUCCUUGAACCAGUUGGCCUUCACAGUUUUGUUCUGAGGGACCAAGUCUAGGAACACCUUGGUUCCUGCUUUUGCUGCUGCUGUUUAGUACUUUUAAUGAUGUCAUCAACUGAAACAUUUGCUGCCUUUCAUAUCAAAUAAUAAUUCCCAGUGACAACCCCCUUCAGCUGCACUCGUCUUCCUCUCUAGAUGAAGGUGGAGAUGCUUUUCAGAUCUCAUCGUUGAUCAGAGAGCUGCUGGUCUCCCGGUAACUGCUGAAGAUGACUCCAUCUGGUCCACCCUACAUAGAUAUCUGAAAGGUUCAGUCAAGAUUUCCAUUGAUCAUUUAUUUGUUGAGAAGAAACCUCAGUGCAUUGAGAGAAGUUUUGACAUCCCAGAACCAAGAACAUAGCUGAACAAAGAUUAGGCAGUUGAACCUUCAGAAGGAGCAGUUUGGUUUCCGUCCUGGCCAGCGAACAUGGACCAGCUCUUCACCCUCCACAGGAGCUCAGACCUUAUGGGAGUUGCCCAACUGGCCCACAUUUGUUUCGUUGAGCUGGAGAAAGCUUUCAACCGUGUCCCUCAUGGGUACAGGUGCUCCACGAGUACAAAACCCAGGGUCCUUUAUUAGGGAUUCUCUGUAGAGGUAUGACUGACACCUGUUUCUGGUGCAUGUUGGACUCCAGUGUGGCUGCCAUUUAUCACCAGUCCUGUUCAGGAAGGGCUUGUCUCGCUCCUUCUCCAUUUAUUUCUGUCCAACUUGCGCAGUGGAGUGACAAUCACUUGCACUUGUUCAGAGAAAUGUGUACAAUGGAAACAAGUAGACAUGUUCACCUGGGCUUUUUGUUACUAUUGCUGUCAUAUUCUUCUCAUUGAGCCCAUCACUUGUAUGGACAGGAUUUAUAGACGUAGCCGAGUGCCGGGUGGAUGUGGUUCUGCUGGCUCUUUCUGGCCUGGAGCUACAGAAUGCACAAGGACGGUUCACAGCCAAGUGUGAGGCAGCUGGAAGUCUGAGACGAUGAUUGAACCAGUUUGGCUUCUCCAAGUUGGGGUGAAUUCUACAAUUAGUAUGAUGUCACCAUGUCGGCCCUGAAACUGUGGAAAACAACUUCUGUGGCAUCUACACAUGAAUCCAUGUUGGAUCAUAGAUUUAUUCAUACAGGCUUCACCAGCUGGAAAACUUCCUGCUCCUUUUAGAGGUUCACAGGUGACUCCGUCUCACCUGCUCCAUCAGAUUCUCCUUCCUGGUUUCUCCAGAUUCAGUCUUCACCUUGCUAGAUCACUGCCUGUUGCUGUUGCUGGUUGACCUCCUCCACCUUCAGGACUUGAACUCCUGUGUGGCGCUACCUCACACCUCACCACAGUGUCUCUGUCCUCACUUCCUCAUCCAGUACCUCACUUCCUGUCUCAGUUCUUUCUCUGUGGAUCCACAAGGACAGAGCAAAUCCUUUGGAGCGUCUCUGUGGUUCUUCAGAUCUUUAACACCAAACAUCUCAUCUGUAGAGCUUUUCCAGGGACCUUCAAUCACCCUGUAAUUUGCACAGUGUAGCUGGAUUAGCUCAGCGUGAAUCAGGAAGUUCUCAUCACAGUUUUCCUCUUUUGGAGAUUCUGCAAGUGACUCAUUAGGUCAACGGGCCCCAUGAGGUCCGUCAGCUUGGUGACUGUUGCUUUUUGGACCAAACCAGUCCAAGUAUUCCAGAGCUUGUAGGAUAAACACACCAUCUGCAUCUGACUCUUUACACUCUGAUACGACUGGACUCGCAAGAUCGAUUAUUCAUGCCAGAGUAAGUAUGGUUCUUAGCGAUCUGUUAUCUUUAUCGUGUUUCUAUGAACAUCAUCUGAUCUGAUGUUUUGGUCUUCAACUGUCAGACCUCAGGACUAUUUUGGUCGGAACUAAUUAGCAAUUUGACAGGAACGUCAUGAGUACAAUAGGAAGUUUAGAACAAUAGCCACACAAAUACCAACUCAAAUCUUUUACUAUCAAAAACCAUAACAUGCUUCUGCAUGUUUGGAGCUCAGAAAGGGUGAAACGCUGAUCUUUUCUGAUCUUAGUGUUGACGUUGGCAAGACUUCCAGUUCAAACUCCGGUCUGAAUAAUUGAUCUUAUUAGUCCGGUGGUCCGUAGACCGGCCAUCGAGUCAGAGGCUUUCUGACAGGAAAAAUCAGAUCAGAUACUGAAAGGUUGGAUGCAAGCAGUGUGUUUUGGUUGUCAUCCUCCAUUUUGGAGGAAACAUCAUGAGGUUUUGUCAUGCUGCCCCAGUUCAGGGUCAGACUGUGUAAAAAUGCUAAGUGCAGCACCUUGAGCAUCCGCUGUGCAUGCAGGACCGACGACGGCCGAGAGCAGAAGAAAAGCACAAAAACACAACGUGACCAAUGCAAGCGGCUCCUCCCUGCAGACAGCAUGCCGAGCAGGGAGGCAGUCGAUGAAGGAAUGUAUGAACCCCUCCCAACUCUCCCUGCUGUUUUUAUAAGACUGUGUUGAUGUUUUGCUAAACUUUCGUAAAGUUCGUAUAUUACAAAGCAUUUUGCAGAUGAAGAGCUGCCUUCAGAGACAUUUGCAUCCUCAACUGUUCCCCUUUUCUAAAAUGCUGAGGCAGAUGCAUGGCCUGUUGUUUUGCAUGCAGGUGAACUUGCAGGACCUGCUGGUCUCUGCGGUUCCUGGUAGUUUUCUUGCUGGUGAGUAAAUAUGAGGAAAUAACGAUGUCUUUUCUCCAGCAUGUUCAUGAAACGAUGUGAGUAGAUUUAAAAGCACAAACUGAGUAUGUCUGCAGAAACCUUCUGUUGGACUUCAUUCAUUUCUGUCUCUGUGCUCCACCAGGUCCAGAACCUGACCUGGACCUGGUCGGGUUCUGGUGUAAAUCUCAGUGUAAAUUACCUUGAGAAAUAAUGAGAUUUGGUUUUAGAAAAACAGCUUUAAUGCUGGAAAAUGAUCAAAUGUUACUCAGUCUGUUCCCAGUAUAACCAGUUUCAGGCUGUUUAUGUAUGACUGUGACAUAAACAUGGCUAUGUAAGCUGCAGUGUGUGAGCAGAUAGAAGAGGCUAAAGAGGAAAAGACAGAAUCCAUGAUGUUUCCCUCCGUCCUCAUGUCUCUGUUUGAUUGAAACAAGUUCAGAUUCGGGCAGUUUGUUCAUUUUUAAUCUCAAAACUUUCCCACAUUUAUUUACAUCAUCAAUCCAUGAAAACUGACUCUCCUCUAAGCUAGGAGUUCACAAACCUUAAAAAAUACCAGUGUUGACCCCUGUAAUGGCCUGCUGACCCCAUUACAUUAUUUAACUAUUUAUUAAUAGAUCUGUUUUUGAAAAAUGAGAUUUUAAUCAGUUGACUUCAUCAUUUAAAACAGGGCUGUCAAUGGAGGAAGACCCCAAAUGUGUCCAGCUGUCGCCCCACAGACUCCAUAUUUUUGAAAAUGCUUGUUAAAAAUGAUUUUGACCAUAACUUUAUGCAGAAAAGCAGUGAGAGGUUGAAACAGCCAGGGUGUGAAAACUUUAAAGCUUGUAUCUGCUGAUAAGAAAUGUUUUUCUCUCAUAUUUUUUCAUAUUAGUGAUUAUUUUCUGUUCUGUUUUGGAAAGAUGGAGGACAGGCGCUGAGUCCCCUGACUCUUCUUCAUGUUAACCUGCGAAACAAAAACACGAUAAUUAAACGUUCAUCGGA